AUGUUCCAUCUCAACGAGUAUUUUGCCGGUGUCGGCGCUCGUGUGGCAGCUGAGGCCGCGCGGGCCGCGCAGGGGACCGAGACCCCCGCUGCCGGCCCGCGGCCUCCCAGGUAUGCCUACCGCCCAUCCCACUCCACUGAAGAUGCCAUACUCGACAUUGUCGAAUGGGCGGCUCGCAGGGUCGACGGUGGUGACGUUGCCGCGGUGACGUCAGUCGACCUGAGCAAGGCAUUCGACAGUGUCGACCACUCGAUGCUUCUGAACAAGCUCGAGUGGUAUGGCAUCUCAUCCCGCUGGUUCAGCAGCUACCUCUCUGGCCGUUCCCAACUCAUCCGCUCCUCAACGGCCCUCCCACUCUCCCACGGUGUUCCCCAGGGGUCCAUCGUGGGUCCCAUCCUCUUCCUCAUCUUCGUCAACGACCUUACCUGCUUCCUCCCCCAUGGCCGACUCAUAUCCUACGCGGAUGACACCCAAAUCCUGGACUCAGCACCCUCCAAUCCCACUGGCAUCCAAUACUGCUCGUCAGUCUGGGGUGGUGCCCCCAAAUCCCACCUGCACCGGCUGCAGAGGACCAUCCAUCUCGCUGUACGGCUCGUCUCUAGUCUCCGCAAAUUCGACCACAUCACCCCCGCCCUCGGCGCGCUCGGCUGGCCCGGCAUUGGUGAGCUCAUCGCACGCCGUGACGCGGUGAACGUGCAACGCGCCUUGUACGCCGCCGGCGCCCCCGACUCGCUGCGGUCCAUGUUUCGCCCGCGUGCCGCCGUCUCCAAUAGAGUCACGCGGGCCACGGCUGCGGGCGCAGCUGUGCUCGACCUGCCGCGGGUUCGACUGGCGGCGACCAGGCGGCUGUUUUCGUAUAGAGCCGCCGCUGCAUGGAACGGCCUGCCGCCGGAGGUGAAGGCGACUGGUUCCAGGAGACAGCUGGUGCAGCACUUUAGAUAG